GAUCCCUCUAUUAGGAAAGAAGCCCAACAUCCUCUUUGUGAGAAUUCAAACCCAGCACAAGUAAUCCCCACACCAAAAACGAUUCUUUAUUCCUAUUUCCUACACUUGCCAAGAAAAUCCUCAUGUAUCAUUUACAAUAUACCAUACCCCAUAAUCUACCUGCCAAGCUCCCAGUACAACAUCACGACAUCACGAUCUGGAUUUGUAGAUGAAAAUUAACAUGAAAGAUUGAAGUCGCUGAGAAUCCGAAACUUCGUUCCAAGCUCCGAGAUACAAGCUCCUUUCUCUCAACUCAAGGCUUUCACACUAGCCAAGACAGCAUACUCAAAUCCAAAUAGCAAAAAUGCCACGCGGUCCCGCCGGCUACGAAGAAAUACGUCCGGGGAAAAAAGGGUUUGCUACGUAUAGUGAUGGCCAUGAGAAUGAUACGCAUAUGCCAAUAAAUAGAGAAGGGGAGACGAGUCGGAUUCCACUGCGGAAUCGUGGAUGGGUGCAGAUACUUGUACUCGCAUUUUUGUCUCUGGUGUUUUUGGGGAUGGGGAUCGCGGUUGGGGGGAGGGUUCCGAGGGAGGAGAGGAAGUGGGGGUUAUUGGCACCUCCUGGAUCAAUGAAAGAAACUUGGUAUCCGAAUACUACAUUCUCCAUGGAACCGACGCCGGAAUCGGAAGCGGCUUGGGGAUCUUUAAUGCCCGUGGGCAGAGGAUUUAUAUAUCGACCUGAGAUAGCACCAAUUGUGAAAAGUGUCUCGGUAUUCCAUCAAUUACAUUGUCUGGUAUUUUCUCUGUUCUUUUACCUCCGUUUCCCAUUCCUCUUUUCUUCUCCUAUUCCAAUCUCAAAACUUGAUUAACUCUUCUUCAGCAUGGCCUCCGCACCUCCUACUACGAUCUACAUUAUCAAAUUGCACGCGCAGCCGGUGCACCUAUCGACCCAUUUCUUGAGCAAAAAGCCGCACAUACACAUAUAGAGACUGCGCAUCAAAAACAUUGCUUUGAUUAUUUGCGACGUGCGAUAAUGUGUGCAGCGGAUACGAAUUUGGAGUAUGUUGAUCCAGUUACGGAUGACACAACGGGGUGGGGAAGUGAGAGGGUUUGUAGGAGUUUCGCGGAUGUAAAGGGAUGGGCGGAGAAGUGGGCUAAUGGAACGGGUGGAGGGAUUGCUUAAGCUGUGGGGUGGAUGGAUGAUGGAAAUGGGAGAGAUGAGGGUAGAGCCUUAUAUGGCUUUUGAAAUUGAUGGGAUCAUUUUUGUGACGCUGGGUAUCACAAAGUGCCAAAGAUUGAGCGCAAUUAGUGACUGACAAUUGCGCUUUCUAUAAAGUAGAGUAUCACCAGAACA